GUGGUGGUUAAUUAAUGAUAUUACCUUCCGAAUUAAGAUCUAUGUACGAAGAAGAAAGACUAAGAACCUUCCCCGUGCUCGCCACAUUCCAUCGUCCAUCCCUGCUCGCAUUGUCCAAGCAUUCAGACAACAAUGAUAAAUUAGGAAAAGCAGAGAUGGAAGCAUAAACAUUGGAUUGAAGCAAUUGCAGAAAAAAUGAUAACUGGUGGCGAUUCUCUGAAACUGCUCUUUCUCCUCCCGAUUCUCCACCAACUCAUCCUGCACUCGGCGUCUGCCAUCUGCGAACUCGGUGUCGUUGACCGCAACAGGCUCUACAACUACACCUUGGCCUCUCCCACCCGCAAUUUCCCGCAUGGCGUCCUCAGCGAAGAUGGGUUUUACAGGGUGGCAGUAAAUGGGAGUGUGCUCUGGUUUCAGCUGUGCGACAGAAUGAUAUUCAACCAUGAUCCACCAAAAUGCGUUGAGUGCCUGGAUUGUGGGGGUCCGUCACGCUGUGGCAUGGGCUGUAGUGCACUUGUGUCUAACAACAUAGGAGGUUAUCAUGUAUGUACCACUAUUGGACAUGCCUCAAACAUGGAUAUUGAUCUCAUUGAUAAAAGGAAUCCCCACAUUGGUGUCACCAUUAAGAUGUCAAGUAGUGGCUCGGCACUUAACUGCUCACUCUCUGUGUCUGUUGUCUGUGAUUCAAAAAGAGUUAAGGGACCAAAUUCAUUCAAAAAAAUCGGGGGCUGUGAUUAUUCUACGGAGCUAAGGCAUCCCUCUGGUUGUGCAGAGAUAGUGUCAAUUCGUGGGAAAGGAUGGGGCUGGUUUGGCACCCUCAUGGUUAUAUUCUUUUGUCUCUUUGGUGCUUAUCUGCUGGCUGGUACAGUUUAUCGGUUUUUUGCCCUUGGAGUUCGUGGUAUAGAUGUUAUUCCAAACUUGGAUUUUUGGACCAGCUUACCUCGCAGACUAAAGAGUUUGUUUAUAUCUUUAGUGCGGAAAUUUAGAGGACCUUCUCAAGGUUACCGAACCUCCUAUUCUCCAGUCAACUUUUGAGAAAUCCAACCUUCACUCACCAAAUUCAACUGUAGAAUCAGUUCCCAGUCUUCUCCGUUCUGCAGCAAACCUUGCAAGCAAAUGCAAAUGGGUUCUUAUUUUACAUCGGAAGUGGCUUUCUUUAUAUUGAAGAUCGACGCCUUCAUGAAAGCAGACUUCUCAAAUCCUUGGCAGAAUUAUAGCCAUAUCUCGACAUGUGAUCACAGAGUGCUCUUUCCCCCCCAACCUCCCCUUUACUGAUGAUGUUUGAUUAAAUGUAAUUUUUUCUUAAAAUGACAAAUAUGAGGUACUAUUUUGGCAAGUUUUGUAGCAUUUUUGUUUGUUGUCAUUCACAUCCACAUCCACAGGGUAUUGCAUUUUUCAGCAACUGAACCAUAUUCAUUCUUGGCAAUGUUGGCCAUAGCCAUACUAUGCAUAUGAAAAAUAUUCAAAGUUUUGAACUGACCUGUGAUUUUCCUAUGCAAAUGAGAAUUGAGAAGAUGCAACCAGUGCAGGCCCCAAGAAGCAGAGCAGCUGGUGGUAGUUGUAUUGCACCCAAGCAAUUCGAAUGAACAGUUAAAGAAGCCUCGGGUUGAGAUUGUUUCCUUCCCUAUCUUCUGUAAUAUAAAUAGCCUCUGGCAGUGUUGUCCAUGUUUAAAUUAAAAGCUUGCCCUUUGUCUCUUCAACAUCGUAAUUGACACUCUUUGAUGAAUGCAAUAGCAAAAAAUGAAUUAUAAAAA